CCUCGGAGACGCUGUUGCGGCGGACUCAGCUGCUCCCCUCGCGUCCAGCGCCAUGCUCCGGGACAGGCAGGAUGAGGUGGAGCUGGAGAAAAGCGUCCGCCGACUACGGGAAAAAUUCUAUGGGAAGGUGAGCAUCUCAGAUGCUGUGAAGCUGAUGCGAAGGUUCAGCAAGAAUCAUGAUCUUGUCUGCAAGUACAUCAUCCUUUGCAAAAACGAGAUGGCAGAUAUGGACCCAGAAGAUCAAGUUAACCUCAAUGAUGACCCCGUGGCUUUGAAAGUGAUAGAUAAACUAAAGCAAGAAGAAGAGCAGAAGAAAAAGGUGACUGGGGGAGGAGGCAGAUAUUGGGAGGAGGAGAACCCAAGGGACAAGAAUGAUGACAAAAUCAAGGAGGUUGCUUGGCAGCUAAAGGGCUUGAGUCUGACAGAGAAGAACCUUCGCAUGUUCAAUAAUGCCCAAAACAACUGCAUCCCCCCUGUUGACAGACAGUUUGCCUGCCAGCCCUGUGACAGUAUGUGGUGGCGACGAGUCCCAGAGAGAAAAAAGGUGUCCCGUUGCCGCCUGUGUGGGACCCGCUAUGACUCAGUGCCUUGCAACAAAAUGUGGGGCCUAGCAGAGUUCAAGUGUACUGAGUGUGGACGCAACUUCAGGGGAUAUGGCCAGAUGGGGACCCCAUCUCCCUGCUACAAUUGCCAUUGCCCAGCCUUUCCCAGCUCUAUCUUACCUCCAUGCAAGACCUCAGGCCCACGAACCCGACAGCAGCAUUCCUGCUUUGCAGAGGACUGCUACAACCGAAGAGAGCGUCACGUGCCAGGAACCCACUGUGUGCAUCCACGAAGCCGGGUCCGUAACCACUUGCCCAAAGUGAUCAACCCCAGCGAAGAGCAUGACAGCACCGGCUCCACAGUGGCCACCUGCUUAAGCCAAGGCAGCUUGGCAGACUGCGACAUCGAUGAGCUCAUCCUGGAGGAUCUGAAGGAACAAGACGAAGAGGAAGAUGCCGAGAGCAAUAAUUAAGCCCAGGACGCCUCAAGUAGCCCAUAGGAGACAGGUGACGGGUUACAAGUCUCCUUCAUAUUUCCUAAGGUCUAAGCCUGCCAAUUGUACUAAUGUACAUGAAUGACAGUUCCUCAUGCCAGGGCCCACGUAAUAAUAGUUUCUAGCCCUCUUUCUGUCUUUUUCUUCUCAAGUGUGGCCUUGGUUUUGUUGCCUACUAUCGAUUUCUGCUUUGGAGAGUGCAUCUUCCAGACAUAACUAAACAACAGGUUUAAACUGGUUUUAAUAGUCGUUCUCUCUCCUGAGAGAACAAUAAAAAUGGCCAGUGUGGUGUCGGAGGCCUAGUACUCUUUGCAUGAAGAAUUCUGAGCACCCUCAACAAAAUUCCCAGGAUCCUUUGGGUGAAGUUAACUGAUGUAAAACCAGCGUAAGCUAGUAGUGUAAUUUUGCUCCUACUGUCCAGCCAAGGCCUUGACCCUUCCUACUGGGGCCAGUUGACUGUGGAACUUGACAUUGCCUUAACUUGUGGUCAAAUCCACCUUAAAAGAAUUAAAAGGCUUUAAAAAGCUGAUACGUUUACGUGCUGUUCAUCACGAUCUUCUAGCGACUCCCUGAAGGUUUGUAUGCAGCUGGAAAGAGAGGACCGUGUGCUCCAGGGCGAAUUUCUGCUGGGCUGGUGCACACUGUACGUUCACACGAGAUGGACUCGCAGUUAAGAAAGAUGUAUGUGAUUUCAGCUCAUUGAAAACCAGGCAAGCUGGCAAGACAACAAGGUGAGGAGCCAAGAUGCUCCCCCCACCCCCCGGCCUUCAUUAUUAACUUGUUGUUGCUGCUGCUUUAGGGACUGGAAGCCAUAGACUAGCCUGACGCCUUUCCUUGGAGAACUUGCAGGAAGAAUGUGAACAGUACAGCUAGCACGUUUUUAGCAACAUCUUGUCCCUCUUAAAGCUAGUUUGGCUCGACAUAAAAGGUUCCUUUUAGACAACAGGAAAAGCAUACCACUGGGGUGGAGUGAUGCAGCAAUUGGGAGUCUUCCACAGAGACUGGGUUGGAUCCAGGUUUAUGCUGGACCAACUGCGCUGCUGGAACUGGACUUCCCCGCCCCCUCCUUCCCAGCCUCUCCAGCCACUCAAAAAUGCUACACAGAAAGUCAGGACACCCUGCUGAAUGGGUUGUGCUAUGAUGUGGAGAAGGGGGGAUUCCCCCCUCCCAAAUUAGGCAGAGGGCCCUUAAGUGAGCAGAGCCGUUUGUCUUGCAGGAAGUGCCUUCCUUUAAUGGAAGGCGGAUUCUGGAUCCAACCACUGUAUUCGGCUUACAAGCCUCCACGUUUGCCUCUUGGGCCCAAAAAUCACAGAUAGGGGAGUUAUGACUACCAGUGCUCUGUUAAAAGGCAAAAUCCAGCUUUCUUCCAUAUGAGCAUGCAGGAAAGGCAGUUUUAUUUUAAAUUGUUGUGAGAUUUUUAUUGCUGGAAACCAUUUUGGGGAUUUAAAGCUGAAAGGCAGUAUAGUGUUUUUUUUUAAUAUAAAUGAACAAGAAAAUACCCCGUGCAAGCUUUGUGUGAUACUAGCAUUGCUAUUGAGAAGUCAUAUCAGUGCCCAUGAUAUAUUCAUUUGUGAGCAUCUGUGAUGUCUUAAAUCCCUGAUCUUCAGGUUGAAAACUUUCAGAUUUAUGUUGCUCUGUCUUUCUUGUUUGUAGAGAUGUGUUUUCUACCAGGUGUGAAUGGAUAAGAUGAAUUACAGGGUGUUCUUUCUUGCCCUGGUGCAUUAAAAAAUAAACAGAUGCAAAUUAAAA